AUGUACCAAUGCCAAAUGGCGAAGCAGACCAUGGGUACGCCAACUACUGCUCUUGCGCACCGUACCGAUAAUAAGCUAUACCACCUCCAAACGGGCCAGACGCCCAUUGUCCGGGCCUCCCUGUUCAACGAGUACGGCCUGGACAACUGGCCAAAUGGCAUGAAUGCCGUCAUCGCCGUCAUCUCCUACACCGGCUACGACAUGGACGACGCCAUGAUUAUCAACAAGUCCUCAUUCGAGCGUGGCUUUGGGCACGGAUCGAUCUACAAGACCAAGGUCAUUACCCUAAAGGAUGACGGCCGUGUCAUUUCCGCCCGACGGGUUAAGAAGCUGUUUGGUUUCCCCAAGAGCGCGGCGAUCAAGGGCGAAUGGACUAAGACUCUCGAUGCCGACGGCCUCCCUAUUGUCGGCGCACAAAUCAAAGAGGGCGAUUAUCUCGCGGCCUGGCACAGCGUGGAAAUGGAUUUUGCUGAUAACUACAUCAACACCGACGGCGAGGUUAGGUUCGAGAGGUAUAAGGAUUCCGAGGUCGGCUACAUUGAACAAGUGAGGCUCAUUGGCUCCGAGUCCGGGUCGGAGCCUUUGCAGACCAUAUCCAUCAAGAUUCGUAUCCCGCGUGCGCCCCAAGUCGGUGACAAAUUCUCGUCGCGUCACGGACAGAAGGGUGUCCUUUCGCGCUUAUGGCCAACCAUCGAUAUGCCCUUCUCGGAAUCCGGGAUCCUACCCGAUGUCAUCAUUAACCCGCACGCUUUUCCAUCGAGAAUGACGAUUGGUAUGCUUAUCGAGAUCAUGGCGGGCAAAUCGGGAGCACUCCAUGGGUUAGCUCAAGACGGAACGCCUUGGACAUUUGACGAGCAAUAUCCGGCCAAGGACUUUUUCGGCGAGCAGCUGCGGCAGGCGGGCUACAGCUACCAUGGUAGCGAGCCGAUGUACUCUGGCAUCACAGGCGAGGAGUUUGCUGCAGACAUAUACAUGGGUCUUUGCUACUACCAGAGGUUGAGGCACAUGGUCAACGACAAGUUCCAGGUCAGAACCACGGGUCCCAUUGUACCCACGACAGGCCAACCUGUCAAGGGUAGGAAGCGUCACGGCGGUAUCCGUGUGGGAGAAAUGGAGAAGGAUGCUCUGUUGGCGCACGGCACCGCGUUCUUGCUGCAGGACCGCCUCAUCAAUUGCUCAGAUUACACCAAAUCGUGGAUCUGCAAGCCUUGCGGGUCGUUCCUCUCGGUGCAGCCGACCGUCUCCCCGUACAUCGGCAAGAAAAAGAAGGACACGGCGGUCCGGUGCCGAAGCUGCGCGGUCAGGGUCAAGCCCGGCAUGGACCUGUCGGGCUUCGAUGGCGAGAUGUGGGAGGACGGGCAGGGCAAUCUCUUCAUUGGCGGUGACCAAACGACCGAGGUCGCUGUACCAGGCGCGCUCAAGUACCUCGACGUCGAGCUAGCGGCCAUGGGCGUGAAACUAAAGUACAACGUCGGCGGUGAUAAAGAGAUGCGCAAGGGCCCUGCGCGCCCAGUCCAACUCAAUGGGGUGAAUCUAGGAUCGGAGGAUACCCUUUGA